AUGAGGAAAGAUAAAACGAUAUUUGUGAUUCUUCAUAUUGUCAAUACAAUAUUCAUAAAAAUGGUGAGCAGCAACAAAACGGUAAAUCAGAUUAAGGCAAUGUAUGUGUUGGGUGAUUCUUCUGUUGAUUGUGGAGAAAACACACUCUUUUUCCCAUUUCUCCUUAAUAAUCUCUCUUUACACCCUUGUGAUGGUCCUCCUUCUGCCAUUCUUCCUCAUCUUCUUGCAAAGAAGAUCGGAUUGCCAUAUCCAAUACCUUUCUAUAGCCAGAAUGGAUCGACGGAGGUGCUCCUCCGUGGGGUGAAUCUAGGGUCAACCGGAGCCACCAUCAUGAGCAACCCAACCAACUCAGUCCUCCAGUCCCUCAACCAGCAGCUUCGCCAAGCAUUUGAGAUUUUUCAGCUACUACAACUGGAACUUGGCCAAGAAACUGCUACUAACUUCAUCCAAUCCUCCACCCUAUUCUACCUCUCUUUUGGCAAAGACGACUACAUUGAUAUCUUCCGCAGCAAAUCCGCCAAGAGUCCAGGAUCAAAUGAAACGCAGGUGUCACGUAUUUUGGUGGAUCAAAUGACUAACGCAAUCCAGUAUCUGUAUGGUUCAAGUGUGAGGAAGUUUGUAUUUAUGGGGAUACUGCCUUUAGGAUGUGCACCUAGGUUUUCUCAAUGGACGAAUAAUGCAGUGAGUGGUGGUGGUCACAGUGGAGAUAGGGUGGUUUGUGCAGAUGAGAUCAACAAUCUUAUAUUGGAGUAUAAUGCUUUUCUGGAAAACCGUAUUAUAAGCCUUAAUGUUGAAUUAGCUGAUGCACAGUUGAUUUUUUGUGACGUUUAUCGCAUGAUGAUGGAGAUCAUCAAAAACCCAAACGCGUAUGGAUUUGAGAAUGUGAAUAGUGCAUGUUGUGGGAUAGGCAUGGAUAAUGGGAUGAGUGGCUGCAUGUCCAUGAACAUGGUUUGCAAAAACCCUUCAACCUAUGUUUGGUGGGAUCUAUUCAACCCUGGACGUGUAGUCAGCUCACUGCUUGCUGACUCAGCCUGGUCUGGCCAAUUAUUGCCCGACAUUUGUCGCCCUACCACCCUCCAGAAGCUGGUACCCACCACCAUUACCAACACACAACACUACCACCAACCACCACCCAUUACUACUGCUCGUCACCACGACCACCACCCAUCACCUACCAAAACCACCACCAUUGCCACUCGCCACGACAACCCACCACCAUCACCUAUCACCACCACCCAUUACCUAUAG